CUGCAAUGGCAUCCACACUUACAACCUGCAUUUUCCUCCCUCUUUCCUUCUCUAUUUAUACUCUCCGCACCCUUUUCAAAUUUUAACUCGCACUCUCAUUAUGACAAAAAUAAUGAAGAAAAUAAACAAAACUGAAUCAGCCAAACUUGACCGAAAAAUAGUUGAGAGAAAUCGAAGAAUUCAUAUGAAGGGUUUAUGUUUCAAGCUUGCUGCUCUUAUUCCGGCUCAUCACUUCAAACAUUAUUCUAAGGACAUGUUAUCACAGCAUGAUAAACUAGACCAUGCUGCAGAAUACAUUAAGCAGUUGAAAAACAGAAUAGAGAAGUUAAAGAAAAUUAAGGAAGAAACAAUGAGAUCAUUAAGGCCGACUGAUACUAAUAAAAAUGAUAUAAUUGAUGAAAUGAUAAUGGGUUUGAUACUGCCGAUGGUUGAGCUAAAAGAGUCGGGUUCGAGCAUCGAAGUGAUUUUGAUUAGCGGGUUGGAGAAAAAAUUCAUGUUAUAUCAAGUUAUUACCAUUCUUGAAGAAGAAGGAGCUGAAGUUGUUAGUGCCAGUUUUUCCACUGUGGGUGAUAAGGUUUUUCACACAGUUCAUGCUCAGGUCAAGAUUUUGAGAGUUGGUGUGGAGACUUCAAGAGUAAGCCAGAGACUGCAGGAACUUAUUUACUGGGGUUGCAUGUGAAUUCAGCAGCUGUUGUUUAAAGAUCGAUGCAGCUUUAUUUACAGACAAUGAUUAAUUAGAUUGUACUUUAAAUACAUAUAUAUAUGUAAAAUUAAAAGCCCAAUUCAUGUCAAUAAAUAUAAAACUUAUUUUUGGCCUUA